GGACUCCGCCGUCCGAAUUCCGGGGAGGACCGCUUCCGGCGGCACCGGAAGUCCGAGGGGGACCGUUUCGGGGACGGACUGACGGGCAGCAUCCCGGCGCCGCAAGGUGAUCCCCGCUUUGCUCCUGAAUCCCGACGCUCAGCGCCUGACGCGGCCGCCAGGUAAAUUCCAAGGCUGACCGCGCCCACCGACGCCGCCGAGUGUUGCCCGCAUCUCUGUUCAGAGUCCGUGAUAAGGAAAUCCUGGCUGCGAAAGACCCGGGGGUCAGACAGCUUGGCCUCCAGACCUGUCAUUAGCUGGUGGUGUGACAUCGGAGAAACCGGGUUCCUUUUCUGUAAAAUGAGGAGCUUGGAAUAAGUAACAAGGGCAAUAUGAACCUGAAGAUACUGAAAUUGGAGAACUUGCUACGAUGUCACGCUGUCUUUAGGCAGCUGCACAGCCUGGGUCAAAGAAGAAUGUUAGCACAGUGGAGUCAUGUGUUUUCAUCUGCUUAUCCUGUGUGGACAGCUCAGCCCUGCGUCUGGCCUUGGCAAACAGACCUGGUCAUUGGGGCAGCUUUAUCUCAAUAUAGGCUUCUAGUAACAAAAAAGGAAGAAAGAUCACAGAAACCUCCGUUAUCUUCAACAAAAUCCAAAAAGGAGGUGGAGGUAUGGAUUGGAAUGACUGUUGAGGAACUGGCCAGAGCAAUGGAAAAAGACAUAGAUUGUGUAUUUGAAGCUUUAAUGAACACUGAUAUUGACAUAGAUUCACUAGAAGCACACUCACAUUUAGAUGAAGUGUGGAUCAAAGAAGUAAUAAAGAAGACGAGGAUGAAGUUAAAAUGGAGCAAAUUAAAACAGGACAAAGUCAGAGAAAAUAAAGAUGCUGUAAAAAGGCCUCAGGCAGAUCCAGCUUUAUUAAUCCCAAGGUCCCCAGUUGUUACUAUAAUGGGCCAUGUUGAUCAUGGGAAAACGACGUUACUUGACAAACUGCGAAAAACUCAAGUGGCAGCAAUGGAAGCUGGAGGCAUCACUCAGCACAUUGGUGCCUUUCUUGUCUCUCUGCCUUCUGGGGAAAGGAUAACGUUUCUUGAUACUCCAGGACAUGCUGCUUUCUCAGCAAUGAGAGCCAGAGGUGCUCAGGUCACUGACAUUGUUAUAUUGGUUGUAGCUGCAGAUGAUGGAGUGAUGAAACAAACUGUAGAAUCUAUUCAGCAUGCCAGAGAUGCUCAAGUUCCUAUUGUACUUGCCAUAAACAAAUGUGACAAAGCUGAGGCUGAUCCUGAAAAAGUGAAGAAAGAACUGCUAGCUUAUGAUGUGGUGUGUGAGGAUUAUGGAGGCGAUGUCCAAGCAGUGCACAUCUCUGCAGUCACGGGUGAUAAUCUGAUGGCUUUGGCAGAGGCAACGAUUGCUUUGGCAGAAAUGUUAGAAUUGAAAGCAGACCCCACUGGUCCAGUAGAAGGAACAGUAAUAGAAUCUUUCACAGACAAAGGAAGAGGUCCCGUUACUACAGCUAUAAUUCAAAGAGGAACUUUGAGGAAAGGCUCGAUUCUGGUUGCUGGAAAGAGUUGGGCAAAAGUACGCUUAAUGUUUGAUGAGAAUGGAAAACCAAUCCAAGAGGCCUAUCCCAGCAUGCCAGUGGGAAUUGUAGGCUGGAGAGACCUCCCUUCUGCAGGAGAUGAAAUUCUUGAAGUAGAAUCUGAGGGAAGGGCACGUGCAGUUGUUGACUGGAGGAAGUAUGAGCAAGAACAGGAGAAAAAUAAAGAGGAUCUGAAAAUAUUAGAAGAAAAGCGAAAGGAACACCAAGAAGCACAUCAGAAAGCCCGUGAGAAGUAUGGCACUUUGCACUGGAAGGAGAGAUCAUUUCUAAAGUAUCAAGAAAAAAAAGAACAAAAACUUUUAAAGCCAAAAGAGAAAGAAGAAAGGGAUUCACCUGUACUUCCUAUAAUUAUUAAAGGUGAUGUUGAUGGUUCCGUUGAGGCCAUUGUGGACAUUAUGAAUACCUAUGACGCUUCACAUGAGUGUGAACUCCAAUUAGUACACUUUGGUGUGGGUGAUGUCAGUGAAAAUGAUGUUAACCUUGCUGAAACAUUUCAUGGUGUUAUAUAUGGCUUCAAUGUGAAUGCGGGCAAUGUUAUCCAGAAGUCUGCUGCAAAAAAAGGAGUAAAAAUUAAGCUUCACAAAAUCAUUUACCGUCUGAUUGAAGAUGUUCAGGAGGAACUGAGCUUCAGAUUGCCCUGCACUGUGGAAGAGAAUCCAAUAGGUGAGGCUUCUAUACUAGCUACCUUCACUGUAACAGAAGGAAAGAAAAAAGUUCCUGUGGCCGGCUGCAGAGUCCAAAAGGGACAGUUAGAAAAACAAAAAAAAUUUAAGUUAAUCCGUAACAGAGAUGUUAUUUGGAAGGGUUCAUUAACCUCAUUGAAACACCAUAAAGAUGAUAUUUCAGUCAUCAAAAGUGGAAUGGACUGUGGUCUCAGUUUGAGUGAAGAAAAGAUAGAAUUUAAAGUGGGAGAUGAAAUUAUUUGUUAUGAAGAAAAAGAAGUUCCAGGCAAGACUUCUUGGGAUCCAGGAUUUUAAAAUUGUUAAAAAUGUAAACAAGUAAUGAGGUGCCCAACUGGCUCAGUUGGUAGAACAUGUGACUCUUGGGCUCAAAGUUCAAACCCCAUGCUGGGCAGAGAUUACUUCAAAAAAUAAACUAAAAAAUGUAAACA